AGGGAGGGAGCGAAGGAGGUAGAGAGGAGCGGAGGAGAGGGGAGGGAGCGCAGCUUGGUUGCUCCGUAGUACGGCGGCUCGCGAGGGAGAAUCCCGAGCGGGCUCCGGGGCGCACGGGCGCACGGGCGGGCGGGGAUGGUGUGCGGGGCUGCGGCUCCUGCGUCCCUCCCCGCGGCGAGUGAGCUGCACUGAUUUGUCCCUGGGGCGGCAGCGCGGACCCGCCCGGAGAUGAGGCGUCGAUUAGCAAGGUAAAAGUGACAGAACCAUGGCUCAGUUUCCAACACCUUUUGGAGGCAGCCUGGAUAUCUGGGCCAUAACUGUAGAAGAAAGAGCAAAGCAUGAUCAACAGUUCCAUAGUUUAAAGCCAAUAUCUGGAUUUAUUACUGGUGAUCAAGCUAGAAACUUUUUUUUUCAAUCUGGGUUACCUCAACCUGUUUUAGCACAGAUAUGGGCGCUAGCUGACAUGAACAAUGAUGGACGAAUGGAUCAAGUGGAGUUUUCCAUAGCUAUGAAACUCAUCAAACUCAAGCUGCAAGGAUAUCAACUUCCUUCUGCACUUCCCCCCGUCAUGAAACAGCAACCAGUUGCUAUUUCUAGCGCACCAGCCUUUGGUAUAGGAGGUAUUGCCAGCAUGCCACCACUUACAGCUGUUGCUCCAGUGCCAAUGGGAUCCAUUCCAGUUGUCGGAAUGUCUCCACCUCUAGUAUCUUCUGUUCCUACAGCAGCAGUGCCUCCCCUGGCUAACGGGGCUCCCCCUGUUAUACAACCUCUGCCUGCAUUUGCUCAUCCUGCAGCCACAUUGCCAAAGAGCUCUUCCUUCAGUAGAUCUGGUCCCGGGUCACAAUUAAACACUAAGUUACAGAAGGCACAGUCAUUUGAUGUGGCUAGUGUCCCUCCCGUGGCAGAAUGGGCUGUCCCUCAGUCAUCCAGACUUAAAUACAGACAGUUAUUCAACAGUCAUGACAAAACUAUGAGUGGACACUUAACAGGUCCACAAGCAAGGACUAUUCUUAUGCAAUCAAGUUUGCCACAGGCUCAGCUGGCUUCAAUAUGGAAUCUUUCUGACAUUGAUCAAGAUGGAAAACUCACAGCAGAAGAAUUUAUCUUGGCUAUGCACCUAAUUGAUGUAGCUAUGUCUGGCCAACCACUGCCACCUGUCCUGCCUCCAGAGUACAUUCCACCUUCCUUUAGACGAGUUCGAUCUGGCAGUGGUAUAUCAGUCAUCAGCUCAACAGCAGUAGAUCAGAGGUUACCAGAGGAACCAGUUUUAGAAGAUGAACAACAACAACUAGAAAAGAAAUUACCUGUAACCUUUGAAGAUAAGAAGCGUGAGAAUUUUGAACGUGGCAAUCUGGAACUCGAGAAACGGAGACAAGCGCUCUUGGAGCAGCAGCGCAAAGAGCAAGAGCGCCUGGCACAGCUUGAACGUGCAGAGCAAGAACGGAAAGAGCGGGAGCGCCAGGAGCAAGAGCGCAAAAGGCAACUGGAGUUGGAGAAACAACUGGAAAAGCAACGGGAGCUAGAACGUCAGAGAGAAGAGGAGAGGAGGAAAGAAAUUGAGAGACGAGAGGCUGCAAAGAGAGAACUUGAAAGACAGCGGCAACUGGAAUGGGAACGAAAUCGAAGACAAGAGCUACUCAAUCAGAGAAACAAAGAACAAGAAGACAUAGUUGUACUGAAAGCAAAGAAGAAGACUCUAGAAUUUGAAUUAGAAGCUCUUAAUGAUAAAAAGCAUCAACUAGAAGGAAAACUUCAAGAUAUCAGGUGUCGAUUGACCACCCAACGGCAAGAAAUUGAGAGUACAAAUAAAUCCAGAGAGUUGAGAAUUGCUGAAAUCACCCAUCUACAGCAACAAUUACAGGAAGCCCAGCAAAUGCUUGGAAGACUUAUUCCAGAAAAGCAGAUACUCAAUGACCAAUUAAAACAAGUUCAACAGAACAGUUUGCACAGAGAUUCACUGCUUACACUCAAAAGAGCGUUAGAAGCAAAAGAACUAGCUCGGCAGCAGCUACGCGAUCAACUGGAUGAAGUUGAGAAAGAAACCAGAUCAAAACUACAGGAGAUUGAUAUUUUCAAUAAUCAGCUGAAGGAACUAAGAGAAAUACAUAGUAAGCAACAACUCCAGAAACAAAAGUCCAUAGAGGCCGAACGUCUGAAACAGAAAGAACAAGAGCGAAAAACCAUAGAAUUAGAAAAACAAAAAGAAGAAGCCCAAAGACGAGCUCAGGAGAGGGACAAGCAGUGGAUUGAGCAUGUGCAGCAGGACGAUGAGCAUCAGCGGCCAAGGAAGAUCCAUGAUGAAGAAAAACUCCGAAGGGAAGAGAGUGUCAAAAAGAAGGACAGUGAGGAAAAAAGCAAACUGGACACGCAAGACAAGAUGAGUCGGCUUUUCCACCAGCAUCAAGAGCCAGCCAAGCCAGCUGUCCAGGCACCCUGGUCCACCACAGAAAAAGGCCCACUUACAAUUUCUGCACAGGAGAACGUAAAGGUGGUGUAUUACCGAGCGCUCUAUCCCUUCGAAUCCAGAAGUCAUGAUGAGAUCACGAUCCAGCCUGGAGACAUAGUAAUGGUGGAUGAAAGCCAAACUGGAGAACCGGGCUGGCUUGGAGGAGAAUUAAAAGGAAAGACGGGAUGGUUCCCUGCUAACUACGCAGAGAAAAUCCCAGAAAACGAGGUGCCCGCUCCAGUCAAACCCGGGCCCGACCUCACCUCUGCCCCUGCGCCCAAACUGGCCGUGCGUGAGACCCCCGCUCCGGUGGCAGUGAGCGCUCCGGAGCCCUCCACGACCCCCAACAGCUGGGCUGACUUCAGCUCCACGUGGCCCACCAGCACGAAUGAGAAGCCAGAAACCGACAACUGGGAUGCAUGGGCAGCCCAGCCCUCACUCACUGUUCCCAGUGCUGGCCAGCUAAGGCAGAGAUCAGCGUUUACUCCAGCCACGGCCACUGGCUCCUCUCCAUCUCCCGUUUUAGGCCAGGGUGAGAAGGUGGAAGGGCUACAAGCACAAGCCCUGUAUCCUUGGAGAGCCAAAAAAGACAACCACUUAAAUUUUAACAAAAAUGACGUCAUCACCGUCCUGGAACAGCAAGACAUGUGGUGGUUUGGAGAAGUCCAAGGUCAGAAGGGUUGGUUCCCCAAGUCUUACGUGAAACUCAUUUCAGGGCCCAUAAGGAAAUCCACAAGCAUGGAUUCUGGUUCUUCAGAAAGUCCCGCUAGUCUAAAGAGAGUAGCUUCCCCAGCAGCCAAGCCGGCCAUUUCGGGAGAAGAAUUUAUUGCCAUGUACACUUACGAGAGUUCUGAGCAAGGCGAUUUAACGUUUCAGCAAGGGGAUGUGAUUUUGGUUACCAAGAAAGAUGGUGACUGGUGGACAGGAGCAGUGGGCGACAAGUCCGGAGUCUUCCCUUCUAACUAUGUGAGGCUUAAAGAUUCAGAGGGCUCUGGAACUGCUGGGAAAACAGGGAGUUUAGGAAAAAAACCUGAAAUUGCACAGGUUAUCGCCUGCUACACAGCUACUGGUCCCGAGCAGCUCACCCUGGCCCCUGGUCAGCUGAUUUUGAUCCGAAAAAAGAACCCAGGCGGUUGGUGGGAAGGAGAGCUGCAAGCCCGUGGGAAGAAGCGCCAGAUAGGCUGGUUCCCCGCGAAUUAUGUAAAACUUUUGAGCCCUGGCACGAGCAAAAUCACUCCAACGGAGCCACCUAAGCCCACGGCGUUCCCGGCAGUGUGCCAGGUGAUCGGCGUGUACGACUACAGCGCCCAGAACGACGACGAGCUGGCCUUCAGCAAGGGCCAGAUCAUCAACGUCCUCAACAAAGACGACCCGGACUGGUGGAAGGGCGAGGUCAACGGGCAAGUGGGGCUCUUCCCCUCCAACUACGUGAAGCUGACCACGGACAUGGACCCAAGCCAGCAAUGGUGCUCAGACUUACACCUCUUGGAUAUGUUGACCCCAACGGAGAGAAAGCGACAAGGAUACAUCCAUGAGCUCAUUGUCACAGAGGAGAACUAUGUGAAUGACCUGCAGCUGGUCACAGAGAUCUUUCAGAAACCCCUGAUGGAGUCUGAGCUGCUGACAGAAAAAGAGGGUGCUAUGAUUUUUGUUAACUGGAAGGAGCUGAUUAUGUGUAAUAUCAAACUAUUGAAAGCGCUGAGGGUCCGCAAGAAGAUGUCGGGGGAGAAGAUGCCCGUGAAGAUGAUCGGCGACAUCCUGACGGCGCAGCUGCCGCACAUGCAGCCUUACAUCCGCUUCUGCAGCUGUCAGCUCAACGGGGCUGCCCUCAUCCAGCAGAAGACCGACGAGGCCCCGGACUUCAAGGAGUUUGUCAAAAGGCUGGCAAUGGACCCUCGAUGUAAAGGGAUGCCACUCUCUAGUUUUAUCCUGAAGCCUAUGCAACGCGUAACGAGAUACCCACUGAUCAUUAAAAAUAUCCUGGAAAACACUCCUGAGAACCACCCCGACCACAGCCACCUGAAGCACGCCCUGGAGAAGGCCGAAGAGCUGUGUUCACAGGUGAACGAAGGGGUGCGCGAGAAGGAGAACUCCGACCGCCUCGAGUGGAUCCAGGCGCACGUGCAGUGCGAAGGCCUGUCCGAGCAACUUGUGUUCAAUUCAGUGACCAAUUGCUUGGGGCCACGCAAGUUUCUGCACAGUGGGAAACUCUACAAGGCCAAGAGCAACAAGGAGCUGUAUGGCUUCCUCUUCAACGACUUCCUCCUGCUGACCCAAAUCAUAAAGCCCUUGGGCUCUUCCGGCACCGACAAAGUCUUCAGUCCCAAAUCUAACCUGCAGUAUAAAAUGUACAAAACACCUAUUUUCCUGAAUGAGGUUCUAGUAAAAUUACCCACUGACCCUUCUGGAGAUGAGCCCAUCUUCCACAUCUCCCACAUUGACCGAGUCUACACCCUCCGAGCCGAAAGCAUAAAUGAAAGGACUGCCUGGGUGCAGAAAAUCAAAGCUGCUUCAGAACUUUAUAUAGAGACUGAGAAGAAGAAGCGGGAGAAGGCGUACCUGGUCCGUUCCCAAAGGGCGACAGGUAUUGGAAGGUUGAUGGUGAACGUCGUUGAGGGCAUUGAGCUGAAACCCUGUCGAUCACAUGGAAAGAGUAACCCGUACUGUGAGGUGACCAUGGGUUCCCAGUGUCACAUCACCAAGACGAUCCAGGACACUCUGAAUCCCAAGUGGAAUUCCAACUGCCAGUUCUUCAUCAAAGACCUGGAGCAGGAGGUCCUGUGCAUCACCGUGUUUGAGAGGGACCAGUUCUCUCCAGACGAUUUUUUGGGUCGGACAGAGAUCCGUGUGGCCGACAUCAAGAAGGACCAGGGUUCCAAGGGUCCAGUUACAAAGUGUCUCCUGCUACACGAAGUUCCCACAGGAGAGAUUGUGGUCCGCUUGGACCUGCAGCUGUUUGAUGAGCCAUAGGGAAGUGGGCCCAGGCUGUGCUUGGCAAAGUUCCAGCCCCAGGCGGCAGAUGCAAUCUGGAAAAAUGCAUUGCUUCCCUUAGACCUCCGUUUGACGUUCAGCCACAGGGCAACGAGACAGUGAAGACAGGCCCCUCAAAACUUCUAGGAAUAAUUCUCGACAAUCCUUCCCCCACCCCCAAACAAUUUCCCACUUUAUGAAACAAAACUGUGUCUUCCUUAGUCCCCACUUCUGGUCUCAUCAUGGCUUCUAGGGGCUUUGAAAUCCCAUAGCCCCCAGCUAGAUUCGAUUGGGAAUCUGGCCCAUUCCUGGGCCUGAGGCGUGGGUCUGGUUUAUAGAUUUAUAAAUGCAAUGUCUGGAUUUUUGGAGAACUCAUGUAACGCUACUUCUUAUCUCCACCAGUCCCUGAAUAGGCCCUUUGAUCUAUGACGCCUAGUCCGUCGUGCGUUUAGAAAUAAUUAUGAAGGUCCUGCCGCUGCUCCAGAAUCUCACUCCCCUACUGGGACCUUAUUGGAAAUGCUGCCCUGGAUAUGAUCCCUCGGGGAGAUGGUCUCCUGAUCAGACGAUGCGCUAGCUCUUUGAAGAGCUGGUCCAUGGAAGAUUCUAGCAGGUGCAUUGUUAGAGCCAUUCCAGUCCCCUCCAGGUCUUUUUAUUGAUAGAUGUCAAUGAGAACUAUCACUAGCUACUAUCAGGUGAUUGAGUAUUGAUUUCCAGCAUGAUUGGAAGACGGUUAAGGAAGUUUGUUACCUACAAAGUUGUACUCUGCUGGAUUAGAUCACCACAGGUCACCUGAAAGGCUGCUUUACAAUAUCAUUGGGUCCUGGUUGCCAGCCCAGUUGGAAAAUUCUCUUUGCCUUGGAGGUCCUAUGAUGUUUCAUGACAAGAGUCAUUGCUGGUGACCAGCUUUGAGCCCAUUUUUGCUUGAGUGUGGCGGAUCCUAAUUGUCAUGGGAAAUCCCAGCAGCCGUAUUUGGUGUGUUCCCAAGAAAGACGUCCCCAAGAUGUGAAAAAAGGAAAGUGACAAUUUGGAAGUGGGGUGGAAAGAUGUGAAGGAACUCCAUCAUGUGGUGGCGGGAAGGCUCUAGGAGCAUCCAAGCCUCACAAAUCUGGGGAGGAAGACCUAAGACUCUCCCGUCCUCUUCCGCACACAACCAACCUCUCAGUAAUGGAAAUACACGUGCUUGUUGCCAGAGUCGGGAGUGUAUGACCCUGUGCCAAGCUGGUUUGAGUUCUUUGAUCCCCCGCCCCCCACCCCCUCCUUAAAUGCCGGGAGAUAGGCUGGUUAACUAGGUAGUAACUUGAUUUGCUAAUGAAAAGUGUUGGGAUCGUCUUUUGUUCGCAUGUGACUGUCCUCCUAAUCCCAGUUCGUCGUGGUCAUGAAAUGUUCUUUGCAUGUUCUCUUGGCACUGGAGUCUAGCUUUCCUGUGUUAGACGGUGUUCUCUCUGAUUGUAGGUCCUUAGCAUCUAACUAGGGCUGUAGAAGUGCUUUUAUAGACGGUAGCAUCAACAUAGUGGCCGAGUCCCCACUUUGCGGAGAACUGAAUGCGUAGUGUCAUAAUUUCCCAUAAGAGCCCUGUCAUAUUUCAAGCAAUUUUUAAAACGUGUGUGUGUGUGUGUGUUAGAAGGGGCAACAAAGUUUACAUUUCAUACUUUUAAGAAACACUUUAUUAUUUAUUUAUUGAAGAUAGUGUAGACUUUUGUAUCGAGAACAACAGACAAGUAUUUUUUAAAACAGACACACCCUUUAGUUAGAAACUUUCAACUGAGCACUGUUACAGACCAAGUCUAACUUCAGGCAUGCAUUUGUUUACCACUUCCCAGAAGAAAAUACGGUUAGAAUUACCUUACGUUUAUAUUUUUUGACGUUGUUAAGAAACUGUGUGAGAUUAAAUCUAUAAAUAGACAUACAACUCAUGCGCUCCUAUUUCUAUAACCAAUCCAGUUUGUUCAGUGUAUUAUACGAAGGCCAUGCUCUAGGGUAGAGACCAAAUGUAUGUGGUGUGUAAAUGGGGUAGUCCUGAAUCACCAUUCCGAUCCCUUUCCUUCUGGGAGGAAAAGACCUUUUUUCUUCACUGGCUUUCUUUCUGUGUCGUGCUGGUCGUCACUGUUUAUGCAGGUAGGAUGUGAUGUGAACAGUAACAAGCAUCUUGUAACCCUUGUAGGUCUGCGAGGUCACCCUCUCACAGCGUCCCAUUAUCAGAAUUAAUGUGGCAUGAAAAAGCAGUAUGUGAGUCUUUUCCCCAAGUGACACUAUAUAGAGCAUCUGAGAUGCUCCUCCGGGGUAGCAGCUCUGGAUCGGUGUCCUUGCGCUCGCUGGCGUAAUUUGUACUGUGACCCAGCCUAUUUGUGGGUGAGUUAAUCUGCCCCUCGGAUCCAGCUGUGACUCAGCAGUCAUGUUGGGGGGCUAGAGACGCGUGGGCAGUGCAUGGGGUCUCUUUGACCUCUAUUCCUUCGCUUCUGCUUUGUUGGCUGCCUGGGCUAAAAUUCAUAGAGAUGAAAUGUCUCUUUCCAAUAAGCGAUCUGCUUCCUAGCUCUUUGCUUCUUAGAUGCCGGGUUUCUGUAGGCCACUGUAUCCUGGCAUCCUGACCCCGGCCCUCCAGACGCCCCUGCAAGCUUCCUUUCUUCUCUGAGCCACAUUGACCUCCUCUAGCCCAGCAAGGGGCUUUUCUGCUCACAGGCUGUGUGCUGAGAACAGGAGCCCUUGGACUGGAGCUUUUUGUAGAAUAGCUUUCCUAAAGGGACAAUCCAUAUAUCAGUCCCUCUGGGGCAGGGCUUCUCUGGGUGACACUGUCUCCCCUGGCAGGCAGGCAGGCAGGCAGGCAGGCAGGGAGGGAGGGAGGCAGGGAGGGAGGGAGGCAGCAUCUCCUGGAACCAGGAGAGCCUGGAGGGUGUUUUACACUCAGAUCCCAAGCUUGCCUGACUCCAGAAGGGGGGCUCUUCUAGGCUAGGGUCACCAGGGAUGCUUGAGAAAUUGGGCCAGGUUUCCUUAUCUGAUUGCUUGGAUAAUGUGUCUCUGUCCUCCGAUGGCAGAGGAGAGAGCUGUGCUCCAAAGAACAUUAAUGUUAAAAGGGACUUCUUUUUCCUCUUUGCUUUUUGAACAACUUGAGCAUGAACUUAAAGUAUGUGAAAGUAACUGAUUUCAUCCAGUGGAGUAGCACGGAAUUUGAAAAAAAAAAAAAACAUCAGAAAGUGGGUAGAUCGAUCACUUGCAUCUUGGUGACCUUGGUAACCAACCCCCUGGUGUCUUUUGGGGUGGGAAUGAGGUCAGGGGAUGGGGUGCUGGAGCCACCGGAGAAGGAUGAUUGCAGGCCUGCCGUCUAAGACCAGGCAAGAGGGCUGUCUCUCCAGGAGCUUGGCUGGUGCGAUCAUAAGCCACUGACCAUACAGAGAAGGAGUGUUCUAGAAUCCCAGGGGAUUAGAGAAGAGGGGAAUGGAUGAGGUGCUUCAGGUUUUAUUCAGAAGGCUGGAGAUUUGGGAAUAUAUUUUAGAGUUUGCCAACACUUUGUAUGGGGAGAAAAAGACAAUCUCUACCCCAGAUAGUUUUUGCUAGUUGGGUGGGCCGGUUCAUAAGAAGAAAAUCUGUUACUGUGCGGAACAACUUGAAGAAUUUCCAUUGGAAACAGCUAGUGGGUUUUAAAUUUUAUUUCAUGGGCUUUCUUUCCUUUUAUUUUCUUUUGACUGCCUUCUCUUUUGAGGUUGGAGGUGAAUUUUACCGCAAACGCCAGCACUUUGAAACGGACACCUGCGUACUUGAGAGGUGCAGAGUGGGUUCAGACUCGAGGUGAACAUGAGGUCAGCAGGGGGUCUGCUUACUCGGGAUGGACUUGCUCCAUGAGUUUAGAGCCCCCCAAGCCGGAAGGGAGAAGGCGAGGGGAGGAAAAUGAAAUAUCCUGGAUGCUCCUCCUCUGCCUUCAGGUGUAGAGGCCUGAGUUCCCACCAGGGAAAGGCAUAGUUGGAGGCACCAGAAACUAAGGACACGGUGCAGGCCUCAGACGCUGUGGUCGGAGCAGCCCUAUGAGGUACUUGGUAAAAGUGACACCUCCGGUUUGCACCCUGGAAGGCAACGCCUCCUUCUCUCAUACCCCGAGGUGCCGAAAUGCCCCUUCCUGCCGGGAAUGGCCCGGGUCAGCAGCCAGGACUCUCCUGGCAGUGCUCCGAGCCAUGUUUUGUGGGGGCUGCUUCAUAUCCUAUCAAUCAAGUUGGCAUGUUUAUCGUACUUGGAAAACAGCCAUGUAUUUCACAUUGAGGAAAGGAAAGUUCUGGAACUCCCAUUCCCUCACCUCACCUGGUGUCAGAUCCAGGGUGUGUUUGUAGGUCAUCCAGCUCAAUUAAGGUACCUAACCUGAUACCUGUAGCGCCAGAAUCGAUUCCUGACAAGCAGGGAAAUCUUACUCCACGUGAAGGAUAGAAACGUCUAACAGCUCUCUGUCUUGGGAGCAUUAAAGCCCAGAGGCCCACGUGUUGGGCUCUGUUAGUAACAGAGCCAGUGAUACUAAUAGUACAUGUUCAUCCAGGGAGUCCCCAUCCUGCUCCAGAGCCCUGUCCUAGGGACUGGGAGGUGGGCAGGGGGUCCUGCCUCUGUGGCUUUUGUGGCCUGCUUGUGGAUCUGAUUUUAAGCUAUUUGAAAAAUACCCAAGCUUAUAAAAAUUCACCUCCCCCCCUAAAUAAUCAUAUCAGUGACGUGCAGAUCAGCUCCUAAGACAAGAGGAACCCUCAUUACUCCGGCCUUGGGGGACCAGAUAACACACACAUAAUCAUUUUUGUGGGCACUAUGUGUGGUUGUCAUAUUUCGGGUAAAUUUGCCCCAAUUGUAUGUCAGGGCUUUUGUGGGUCGUUUUUUUUUUUUUUUUUUUCUUUUUUUUUGUGAGUCGUUUUUAACAGGCUUCUGUUCUACUUUCUAUACCAGCUUCUGUUGUUCAGCUCCUCUGACUAGUGUGACUAUCUUAGUGUUCAAAGCCCACCAAGUAAAACCGUGUCCAGAGGUGGGCUCAUUUGGUCAACCUUCAAAAAAAAAAAAAAAAAAAAGUGAACCUUUCUCUGAUACUUCCUGAGAAUUAACCAGUAACCAGGGUUUCUUCUUUUUAUGCAGUAGGAGGAAUGGAGAUUUUUUUUUUUCUUCUCGGAACACUGGUUUUUUUGUACUUUUGUCGUUCAAAAAAAAAUAACAUUCCUGUGUGGCUGUGUUUCUAAAACUCGGUUCCUUUGCAUUUCUCCUCUUAGGCGCAAAUGGCUUUCUUCCUCCUGUUUCUCCAUCUAAGAAGAUGGGGGGCCGCGGGCCUGGAGGGUGGUCGGGGAACCUGGGCCGAGUCUGAUGGGGGAAGCCCGUGCUGCCCCCACUGUGGCCGCCAAGGGGCGAUCUCCAGCUGGAGACCUUGGGGUCCCCGGGGUGUGACUGUGCUCGCGGGGCCACCCCGGGGCCCGCCCGUGGGUGGGGAGGGCAGGACGUGGGCCCAGAGCCAGCACCCACAGGGUACCUAGUGACCCUGUGCCUCCCCCUGGGCCGGGGUGUUCAGCGUGCCCCCGUUUGUGAGAGCUCCUGAGGUCCACCCCAGGGGUCUCAGGUGUAAGUUGGGGGUGUCCCCCACUGUCUGCCCACCCCCAGGAGGCGCCCUCUCCCACAGGGGCCCUAGGGGUCAGGCCUCCUCUACUGGGAUUGGAUAAUAGAGUCUCUGUUUUUCUUAAAAAGAUUUUAUUUACUCAUUUUUUAAAAAGAUGCUAUUUAUUUAUUCAUGAGAGACACACAGAGAGAGGCAGAGACACAGGCAGAGGGAUAAGCAGGCUCCCUGCAAGGAGCAGGAUGCGGGAUUCGAUCUGAGGACCCUGGGAUCAAGGCCUGGGCUGAAGACAGAUGCCCAACCACUGAGCCACCCAAGUGUCCCUCCUGGGAGACUAGGACUUGCCAAAUUUCAGAUGCAGAGGAUU